AUGUACCAAUAUCUUAAAGAGCGCUUUGGCACCAUUACACCCUCACAACCACGUACGCGAUCCACAGUCAAAGAUCGUAACAUGGAACACUUGAGACGGAGGAAAAACGCCCUAAAGAAAAGGUUAAAGAAAGCAUUAAGAAAUGACACAAAAGAAGAAGAUAUUUUCCAGAUACGCAAAGAAUUCGCUUAUGUAAUGAGAUUGCACAACAAAAUCCGCAAGCUUCUUGAGAAGAAAACAAAAAGAAGAAAUAAGGAAAAAGCAAGCAACAGUUUUCGGAAAGACCCGUAUGGCUACAGCAAGCGCCUCCUUGAACCAACUAAAAAACAAGAAAUUCAAUUUUCCAAAAAUGACGCAGAAACGUACUACAACACCAUAUACAAGGACGCAGAAAGAGACAGAACUUUCGAAGCCACUGAAAGCAUGGACCGGCCCCGACAACCGACGUUUCCGAUAUCGACUGCUCCACCAAAAUGGCAUGAAAUGCAGUCGAUCAUCAGGAAAACAAGGAACAAAUCGGCUCCCGGCCCAAAUGGUAUCCCGUAUAUCGUCUACAAGAAGUGUCCACGCAUUAUGGGCCACGUUUUCAAACUCUUCGUCAGAAUUUGGAAAAGCGGCAAAAUACCACACCAAUGGAGAACUGGAAGGGUGACCUUGAUCCCCAAAAGUGACAACCCAUCAAGCCCAGGGGAAUGUAGGCCUAUCGUUCUCUCAAACGCAAGUGGCAAACUAUUUUUUCAAGUAAUCGCAAGACGUCUGCUUAAAUUCUUAGUAACUAACGACUACCUUCAAACUUCAGUACAAAAAGGAUUUCUGCCAGGUAUAUCAGGGUGCGUCGAACACACCCAGGCACUGAUGGAAGCUCUCCAAGACGCCAAGCGCCGAAAAAAGGAAAUCACCGUCUGCUGGCUGGAUCUGGCUAACGCAUAUGGCUCAGUCAGUCACAACCUCAUCCAGUUUGCAGCUGAGUGGUACCACGUCCCUGAUAUACUUCGGAAGAUCAUCCACAGCUACUAUGAUGACCUCGCUGUCAAGAUAUCAACACACGAAUGGACGACCGACAAAAUCAGUUACGAGCAAGGGCUAUUUCAAGGCUGCCCUCUGUCAGUGGUCCUGUUUCUGAUGGUUUUUCAAAUAUGUCUCGAUCAACUUAGCAAACAUAGCAACCGCGGGUACAACGUCGGCACUGGAUCGCCCCACAAUCAACGGGCCUAUGCAGACGACCUCACUCUCAUCGCAAAGAACAAAACGUCAGCAGAGAUGAUGCUCGCCACGGUUGAACAUUUCUUGCGGUGGUCAGCAACCAUGAGAGCAAAACCAGCAAAAUGCAGAUCAUUAUCAUUCGUCAAAAUCCCGGGCACGUCUACAAUGGCUCCAACCGAUCCAGAGCUCUUCAUCCACGGCGAGGCGAUCCCUUUCAUUCAUCAAGAGCCAAUGAAAUUUCUGGGUCAGCUGAUCUUCAAGGACCUGUCAGACACCUCAGUCAGAAACGCCACCACGGACAAGCUGCUGCUGAUGUUGAAGACGGUCGACGCCGAUCCUGUGCCAAAUACAGGGGCCAUCCUGGCCAGGUUCGCGGUACGGUCAGCUCUGGGGACCGCCAUGGGCACGUCGACCGGUCACGCACAGAAGGACGGUCGCGAUCCGGAGCACGGCCGCGACCCGGAGCACGGCCGGCUGACGGUGGCCACGCUGGCCGUGGGCGGCUGGCUGACGUUCAGCGGCGUGCAGUGGCGCACGCUGCCGCGCCACCACUGUCUGCUGGCCGCGCUGCCGGUGGCCGUGUUCGCCCUGGCCGCCGCCGGGAUGCUGCUGUUCCCGUUACAGGCGGACGGCGUGCGGCGUCUGCUGGAGGCAGGGGCCCAGUACGGAUUCCUCGUGCAGUCCGUCACCGUGCUGGCCGUGUUCGUCCGCCGCCGUAAAAGUCUGCUGCGUCUGGAGUCGGCUCUGACGCGGCUGGAGCGGCGCGCCGGCCGGCCCCGUCCCGGCUGGCGGCGCCGGCUGCACGUGCGCCUGCUGCUCGUCUGGCUGCUGGCGGCCGGCGCGCUGGCGCUCUGGUACUGCUUCCUCCUGGUGCCGGCGCGCUUCCACCACCCGUACUACAUGGUCAGCAUGUUCGUACCGGAGCUGCUCCACCGGCCGCCCGCCUACUGGAUCGUCAUCGCCUACCAGAUGGUGUUGAUAUUUUUCUCCUGCUGCCUGGCGGUAACGUUCGACUCGUGCUGCUACAUCUGGAUGGACGCCAUCAGCUUCCACCUAUCCGCCAUCACAGAGCUGGUGAGCGGCGCCCCGGCCGACCGCCGGCGUCGCACCGUCGCCGCCGACGGCACCAAACCGACGCCCACCACGGGACCAGCCGAGAGGCGCGUCGGCGUCGACGGGAGGUGGGCCCUGCCGACGGAGAGGAGACGCUCGCAGCAGGAGCAGAACGGCCUGCGCCGGCCGGCGGGCGACGCUGACGGGCUGGUGCGUAUAGAGGUCUCGGAAAACCUGAAGACGAAGAGCGCGCAGGUGCCGCGAGACUGGCCGGACGGCAGGGAGGAGGCCCCGGCGGAGACGACUGUGGACUCGGUGGAGAGGACACUGGAGCUCGCCACCCUGUACUACUCAGACGUUCGCAGUUUUCUGGAGUCCGUGAACGAGGUCUGUGGGACGUCGCUGUUCAUGGCGCACGCCGCUGCAGUAUCGGCGAUCCUGUUCGCGGCUUACUACGUGAUUGGUCUAAUAUUCAGUCUGUCGGUGCGCUGCAAUCAGCUGGUAAUGGUUCAGGCGGUCGCUGUCAUUGUGUACGUCAGCCUCUUCCUGAUCCGCGUCAUACUGCUUUCGGUGGACGGUUCUGGCAUCAUGGAACGGAAUUCAGCCCUAACAGACGCGCUCGUUGAUGUGGGCGGAUCGACGCUGAGCAAAGGAGCGAACCGACAGCGCAAAUCCAUGCUGCAGAAAACCAAACGACCGUUCUGUGUGGAUGUCAUCGGGUUCUUCGCAUUGCAAAAGUCCAAUGUUCUUUCGAUACUGAGCUUCGUCCUGACGUACAUCAUCAUACUGAUGCAGAUGGGAACCCUGCAGGGCUUCGACGGCGACAUCGCACACGGCCCAGAGCAGAACAGUGGUGAACUGGACGGCACCCAGUAACGCGCACACUUCUUAUGACCGCACUACAUCUUUAACGAAUCCCGUGAUUGUAUUCGUGCAACUGAAACUUUCGCUGCGAUACUUUGUGAAGUGGAUUGAAAAAAAUGGCAUGCACUUAAUGAUGUGGACUUUCAAUAAAGUCAAACCAUCAACAUCG